UCCAAGACACUACUACCUCCUUUACUGAUAUAGUAAUAUGGUUUUCCUCCUUUCUACUACUACCUUCUUCACUUGCAGAUCACCUUCAAUUAUGUUGCUGGUUUAUCUAUUGCUAAGCUAUUUAAUAGCUUCUGCCACAGGUAAUUUCUACCAAGACAUUGACAUCACUUGGGGAGAUGACCGAGCUAGAAUACUCAACAAAGGGGACCUCCUCACUUUGUCUCUUGACAAGGCCUCUGGUUCUGGCUUUCAAUCCAAAAACCAAUAUCUUUUUGGGUUAUUCAAUAUGCAGAUCAAGCUUGUCCCCGGCAACUCAGCUGGCACGGUCACCACCUACUAUUUAUCAUCUCAAGGUUCAAAUCAUGACGAAAUCGACUUCGAAUUCCUUGGAAAUCUUAGUGGAGAUCCUUAUAUUGUCCACACUAAUAUCUACACACAGGGGAAGGGGAACAGAGAACAACAGUUCUAUCUCUGGUUCGAUCCAACCAGGGACUUUCACAACUACACCUUCCUAUGGAAUCCUCUUCACAUUGUUUUCUACGUGGACGGAACUCCAAUCAGAGAAUUUAAGAACACAGAGUCUAGUACUGGUGUUCCAUACCCAAAGAACCAACCAAUGACACUUUAUGGUAGCAUUUGGGAUGCAGAGGAUUGGGCUACAAGAGGAGGCCUCGUCAAGACAGAUUGGACUCAUGCUCCUUUCACUGCCUCCUUUGAAAAAUAUAAAGCUGAUGCUUGCGUGUGGUCCUCUAGCAGCUCCUCAUCCUCAUGUGCUUCUUCAUCGUCAAAGAAUAACACUUGGAUGUCUCAAGAGAUGGACUCAACCAGCCAAAGUAGACUCAAAUGGGUGCGAAAGAACUAUAUGGUCUACAACUAUUGCACUGACACCAAGCGAUUCCCUCAAGGCCUUCCUCCGGAGUGUUCAAUUAACUCAACAGCUUAGGCCAUUGUAGGCUCCAUUACUUCAUUGUAAUACCAUAAGAAAAUACACAUUAUUUGUCAGUUAGUUUUUUUUUCUUUUUUUUUUGUAACAUGAUUGGCAAAAAAUAAUAUUAAAUUAAAUUGAUUUAAUUACCGAUUGAGUUCAUCAAUGGA